GAAGACACGACGGUUACUCAUUAACUCCAAUAGACUUUACACCCAUCCGUUAGUAAAGCCAUAAGAUAGCCGAUUCGCUCUGGAUAAAGUACACAGCCUGUAGGGUUUAGUUUGGCACCAGAUAGUGUUAAAAUGAGUGACAUUGAGGAGGACAAUGAGAUCUGCUUUUCAGUAAAGUUUCUGGGCCGAGUUGAGGUGGUCCGUCCUGAUGGACUACAGAUCCUGUCUGAAGCAGCUGAGAGCCUAAAGACUCCAGAUAAAUACUCCUCAGAAAAGGUAGCGAAGAAAAGCAAAGUCGAUGUCUUCCUGUCGCUGAGUGGGAUAGACAUCUUGGAAAACAAAACCAAGUUUUUGCUGUACUCGUGCCCUCUGUCCACCAUUUCCUUCUGUGCCGUCCUGCCAUCUUCACCCAAAGUCUUUGGAUUUGUGGCUAGACCCCCUGUAGCAGACAUGAACCACUGUUAUCUGUUCCAGAGCAAGAAGUUUUCUCACGUGCUGGUCUCAGUUAUCGGGGAUGCCUUCCAAGCUUCAAAAAAGGAGGAGAGCGUCAGGGGAGGAAGAGACCUGAUAGUGGAGGCCCUCAGACACAAGAAUAAAAUGCUGCAAAGAGAGAAUGCUGAGCUGAAGAGGGGGCUUGCAGGACAGACUAACCGACUCUAAUGCUACUAAUGUAUGCUGUUGCACUUAUACACACAUGCACACCAGAAAACACUUAAGGAAAGAUGUCAAUGAAUGCUGGAGUUGAAAAACAACACUUUAUUUAACACAUUAUUAGUAGUAGUAUUAAUAGCAAUAAUGAUAAUAAUAAAAAGAAGAAUAAACUUCCUGAUGAUGUGUUAUUACUCUUUGCAUAUUGAAUUAAUUCAUAGUUUUCAGUCACGUGACUGCCGCAGAGCCUGGUGGGCAAAACGCUGUUCCAACAUGGUGGCUAACACUGAAAAACUCCAUAGAGCUACAGAAAAUCUUUAUUUUUUACAACCCACAAGUGUUUGGAACGCCUCUCAAUUGAGGAAAAACAAAGAUAUAUAUAUAUAUAGACGGCCUUCAUGUAUACAAACAUUACAGGGUGCGUGUGCAUUCAGGGGGCAAAACUGCAGUUGUAAUCAACUUGUACAUUCUUGUUAACUAUACUCGAUCCCUGCAGAGUCCGACCACCAGAUACCAUUAUCAUAUGAGGUAUUAAUAUGACAUUUGUUUAUUAUUAUCACCUGUUAUGAAAUGGGUAGUGUUAGAUCAGACAUAAGUGUUGUUUGACUUGGGGGACUAGAGUCUGUUUGGUCGACACUCCGGUUUGAGUUCAAGUUAUGUGAGCCCCUCUUGAUUGGCCAUCGCCAGACACUUUUUCCUUAGCCAUUCCUCAACAGGUAUAAUGUUAAUAUAAAACUGACUUUGACUUUGGUCUUGUUAUUAGUACCAGUCACACAGCAGCUCUUUGUAUGUCGGGCAAUUAGUACAGCGCAACAAGUACCAGAGCUCCGCAAGAACAUUUAAGAAAAUGCAAAUUAAACAUUAGUUAAAUAUCUGUUAAAAAA